CAAAGAGCAGACUUUUCAGAAGGGGGGGAGCCGCAUAGACAUAGAAAAGCAAAUAAGACCCACGGCUGCUGGACCAAGCUCUGACAGUGCACCAAAGAGAAAGGGGUAUCUGUGUGAGACAGGAUGCAUUCAUGGAGCUCUUUAGCACCACAUUUUAUGUUGCAGUGCAGAAUCUACGUUCUGCUGUUAGGUAUUUGUUCUGCACUAAAAUUGACAGUUCCAUCACAUACAAUCCGUGGCAUUGAAGGGCAGCCACUCACUCUCCCAGUUGAUUAUAAUUUCAACAUUACCGUUUCUGAUAUCCAGAUAAUAUGGCUGUUUGAGAAGCCACCAACAACCCUCAGAUAUCUGCUUAUCUCUGUAAAUCAGUCUGUAGUUCCAGACUUGGAAUAUAGGCACAAAUUUACACUUACACCUCCAAAUGCAUCCUUGCUGAUAAAAUCUUUGCAUCUUAGCGAUGAAGGCAGUUAUAUUAUCAAAAUCAAUAUCUAUGGAAAUGGAACAAUACCAGCGAGUGCAAAGAUUCAAGUUACCGUUGAUGUUCCUGUCACAAAGCCAGUCAUAUACACUGAGCCCUUGUUUGGAGUUGUGGAAAACAGUGGGAACAUUACUUUGAAAUGCACUGUGGAGAAAGGCACACGGAUUGUUUACCAGUGGAUGAAAAAUGGAUACCCCAUUGAAGCCAGCACGAUCUAUUCCUUGUCAGCAAACAACGACGUGCUUUGGAUUGCCCCUGUUAUCAAAGAAGCCAUUGGGAAUUACAGCUGUUUAGCAGAAAACCCAGUCAGUGCCAUGGAGAGUGACAUGAUCCUGCCAACUAUAUAUUAUGGACCCUAUGGACUUACCAUAAAUUCUGACAAUGGCCAGAAAUUAGGGGAUUAUUUUACGGUUGAUAAAGGUGAAGCAGUCCAGCUUUACUGCUCAGCAGAUUCCAAUCCACCCAAUAAUUAUUCGUGGAUCCGGAGGGCAGACAACUCCACACACCUCAUUAAGUAUGGAAGGUCUCUGGAAGUUGGAUCUGAGAAAGUGACACAAAAAACAGAAGAAUACAGGUGCAGAGCUGUCAACAACAUGACUGGAAAAUGGAAAGAAACCCACAUAUUUGUGAUUAUUAUGCCAAAAGGACUGGAGCAGCUGGCCCAAAAAGGAAAAUACUUGUCACCACUAGGAAUAAUAACUGGAAUUUCCUUAUUUUUGAUAGUAUCAAUGUGCUUUCUAACAUUAUGGAAAAGAUUUCAGCCUCAUAAAGUUCUACAGCAGAAGCUUCAGACCAGGCCUGAAGCAGAUUACAGAAAAGCACAAACAAUUUCAGGGCAUGAAAAUGCAUUAGAUGAUUUUGGAAUAUAUGAAUUUGUUGCAUUUCCUGACCCUGCAGGAAUUUCAAGGGUGUCAAGUCGGUCUGUUUCUGGCUCUGACAUGGUGCAUGGCCAGGAUUUUAAUGGUACAGUUUAUGAAGUUAUUCGGCACAUCCCUGAACAACAUCAAGAAUAUCAAGAGUAA